GCCGGGCCUCCAUAAUGCGGCAGCUGCUGUGUUGCGAGGGAGACGUUUGCGCGCGCUCCGCUGCCCGCGCCCGGCCGCCUCCCGCUAUGAUUUGCCUCGUGCUGGCGCUGUUCGCCCACGUCUUCCAGCUCGGCCGCGGCGCCGAGCGCACGUUCGUGGCCGUGAAGCCGGACGGGCUGCAGCGGCGCCUGCUCGGGGACAUCGUGCGGCGCUUCGAGAGAAAGGGCUUCCGCCUCGUGGCCAUGAAGCUGGUGCAGGCCUCAGAGGACCUACUGAGUGAACAUUACUUUGCCCUUCGUGAUCGCCCCUUCUACAACCAUCUGGUGAAGUACAUGAGCUCGGGGCCUGUGGUCGCCAUGGUUUGGCAGGGACUGGAUGUGGUGAAAACUGCUCGUGCAAUGAUUGGAGAAACUAAUCCAGCUGAUUCCAGACCUGGCACCAUCCGCGGGGAUUUCUGCAUUGAAGUCAGCAAGAACGUGAUUCAUGGCAGUGAUUCUAUCAAGAGUGCACGAAGGGAAAUCUCGCUCUGGUUCCGUGAAGAUGAGCUGAUCUGCUGGGAGGACCAUGCUGAGCACUGGAUUCAUGAGUAACAAGAAUGACUCUGAGGAAGCCCUUCUUGCUAUCCUUCAGGCUUGGUGCAUACCCGUCCACUUCCAUUUCAGCCUCUCUGGGAUUACUGUGGGCUAUUGUAUUAUCUCUUUCCAGUGGAGCUUUCUUUCCAGGAUAUGUGGGGUGGGAAAGCAGGGAGUCUGUUCUCCAUUUGUAACAUUUAAGUUUCAGCUCCAUGCAGUAAGAGUGGUCUCAUCCCCUAGUUGGUACUGCCUGUUUUGUUCACUCACACCUCUGUGAUAUCCUAAAAAUCACAAGAUUGGUUAUGUUCAAGGGACCUAAGAAAAGGAAAGACAGUUUGAGUUUUGUGCCCUUCUUGGCAAUUAAAAAGGUUAUAAAGGCAGACCAGAAAGCUGCAUUAAAACUUUGUCCUAUCUGCUGUGAAAGGUUGUCUGGAAAACAGGGAAUUGUGGAAGUGAUGGCAUCAUAAGAAUCAAGAGUAAAAAGGGAGUAUCUGAGGGGAAGAUUUGUAGAUCUCAAGAUCAGAAGGGAUCAGUAAGAUCAUCUAGUCGGAUAUCCUGUGUAAGAGGCCAGAGACUUUCACCUAGGAAUUCUUGCAUCAAAUAUGUAUGUUCUGUUGAACCAUAGAGCAUGCAAGCUUGAUUUCAAAACUGUUGGCUCUACUGAUGAAUUACUCCUACUGUGGGG